AUGGCAUACCCUUUCCAACUAGGUUUCCAAGACGCAACAUCCCCUAUUAUAGAAGAACUUCUGCACUUCCACGACCACGCACUAAUAAUCGUCUUCCUAAUCAGCUCUCUCGUACUAUAUCUAAUUUCAGUAAUGUUAACAACUAGCCUAACCCACACUAGCACCAUGGACGCACAGGAGGUAGAAACCAUCUGAACUAUUCUGCCAGCUAUCAUCCUAAUUAUAAUUGCACUCCCCUCCCUUCGAAUCCUAUAUAUAAUGGACGAAAUUAAUAAUCCCUAUUUAACUGUAAAAACCAUAGGUCACCAAUGAUAUUGAAGUUAUGAGUACACAGAUUACGAAGACUUAACCUUCGACUCCUAUAUGGUCCCAACACAAGACUUAAAACCUGGAGAGCUGCGACUUCUAGAAGUUGACAACCGAGUAGUACUACCCAUGGAACUGACCAUUCGAAUGCUAAUUUCAUCUGAAGACGUAUUACACUCAUGAGCCGUCCCAUCCCUGGGCCUAAAAACAGAUGCAAUCCCAGGACGCCUAAAUCAGACAACGCUACUAUCUACACGGCCAGGCCUAUAUUACGGCCAAUGCUCCGAAAUUUGCGGAUCAAAUCACAGCUUCAUACCAAUUGUCCUUGAACUAGUCCCCCUAAAGUAUUUCGAAAAAUGAUCCUCGUCCAUACUGUAA